UCGAUCUCAGAAAUAACCCCUUCCCUUUGUCCAUUAUACUUUCAUUUUCCAAAAUCCCACCUAAUCUAAUCUCUCUCUCUCUCUCUCUCUCUUUUCUCUUGCUAUUUCUCUUUGUUCUUCUCUAUUUUGGGUUUGCGAUUCUUCUUUCCAUGUAUAGCUCUUCUCUAUACCUUCGUCUUCUUCUGGGAUUCUUUUAGCUAAGAGAGAUAAGAUAGAGAUAGAGAUAGAGAUAGCGAUAGAGAUAGAGACAGAGGGAAAUUAAAAGUGAUGGCAGCUCCAAACAUGGCGACGAUCACUGCAUCUUUAGAGCGUUCUCUUCAAAACUGCUCUCUAAAUCAGCAUAGCAGCAGCAACUCUAGCGGUGAAGCUUCAAGUGGUUUAGGCAUUGGGAUAGGCAUGGCAGCAAGGUCGUCUUCUUCAGCCUCAUCAUCCCCAGAUGAUAAUAGACCUGAAAAUGAUCACCUCCCAAAUACGGAUACUACUUUGGAGCUUAACUCCCAUAUCUCCCUCCCUUACCAUUGGGAGCAAUGCCUUGAUUUAAAGACAGGGGAAAUUUACUACAUAAACUGGAGAAACGGCAUGAAAGCAAAAGAAGAUCCGAGAACGACAGCGGAGUACAGUGGAGGAUAUUACUCAGAAGAAGAUAGCUCAUACGACAGCGAGGAAUCGUCGUCGGAAUCGUCUCCUCCACCUUCUUCUUGCUCAAGAGGGCAUUACCCGCGGGUAGAGAAAGACCAUGUUUUGGUAGUGGCUGGUUGCAAAAGCUGUCUCAUGUAUUUCAUGGUCCCCAAACAUGUCGAAGAUUGCCCCAAAUGUAAUGGUCAACUUCUCCACUUUGAUCGAUCCGAAAAUGAUUCUCCAUGAAUAUGAGAUUCUUCUUUUCUCUGAUUCUUUUUUUUUUUUUCUUUGUUUAUUUAUCUCUCUUUAUUUUCCAAAAUCCCCCUUUGUGUUUGGAAGUUUUCAGUGUGAGAUUGUUACAAUGCCAGACAAAUGGGUUAUGUGUUUCACUUGUUA